AUGGCUUCACGUCGCAACAGUCUUUCGCCUCCGGAGCGUCAGGGCACAGUCGACCCAGGUGCUCAUGAACUAGGUAUUAUUCCCUCCGUUCCCUCCGCUGCGCCCCGCAUUAGACUAACACCCACUCCAGCAGAGGCAUCCGACUCCGAGGAGCACUACUCGGACGCCCAGUCCGUGCCCAUGUCCCCCUCCCGAGCGUCGCCCAUCCCGAAGACCAGAGUCGAAAAGGUCGACGAUAAGCCGGCGUAUGGGGAAGUCCCAGGUACGCAGGCCUAUCGCUUGAGGGAAGGCGAUGCGGAACCGGAUGAGAUAGCCAUCAUUCCCGACCCCAAAAACCCCCAAGAACCCGAGCCCGAGCACACAUCGCCGUCACCUACACCCGGUGGGCACCCCAUCCCAAAAACAGUGGUAGAGGAGACACCGGAUGUUGAGGGCUCAGUGACACAUGCAGAGAACAGGCAGAGGCGUAUGUCGGAUGCACACCCAGACCUGGUGGUCAAGGCCGACGGAAAGGUGGAAGCUGGUGGAGCAGCAAAUGCAUCGUCUCUGAAUACUCCUACCACAUCGGCACGCACGAGGAGGAAAUCUUCGCUUGCCUUAAAACGGUCCCCAUUAAGCCCCGGCCUCCCAGGGGAUGAAAACGCCGUGGAUGGGGAUGAAGAGGAUGACGAUUUCGGGGAUGACUUUGACGAUUUCGAAGAGGGCGGCGAAGACGGCGAUUUCGACGACGACUUCGACGACGGCUUCCAAACCCCCGCACAACAACCACCACCACAACCACCCCCAUCCGCUCCGUCCGCUCCAUCCCUUUCUUUCCCAAUCCCCACCUUCGAAGACCUGACCCCCUCCGAAAUAACCACCCUCACCGAGCCCUACCUAACCGCGCUCUUCCCACCCCCCACCUCCUCACCAUCACCUCCCCUCCCCACCCCCUCCGCCAAAGAAAACCCCAUCUUCCUCACCCCGCGCUCCGCCUCCCUCUGGUCGCAGCUCGUCGCCCCGCCCCCGCUCCAACCCCCGGACUGGAUCCGCUCCCGCAUCCGGCGGCUCUUCCUCGUCUCGCUGGGCGUGCCCGUCGACCUGGACGAGAUCCUGCCCGCGUCCUCCAAGCAGAAGAAGCUCGUGCUGCCGUCGCUGCACCGCACCAGUUCGUCGGGCUCGCUCAAGAGCCGCGCGUCGAGCGAUUCGCGCGCCAAGACGGCGGCGGCGAGGGGGGCUGCGGCGGGUAAUGGUGCUGGGGGGGAUGGGAGGAAGGAUUCGGGGGUGAGCUCUCCGGCGGGUGGUGGUAGUGGGGAGGGGGGGACAGGCGAGUGUGUCUCUCUACAGAGUGAGAAGGCGGAUGGGGGUUGGUGUUGUUGGUGGAGGGGGGAGGGCCAAUUUCCCGAAGCGAGCUUUGAUUUGGUUUCUGCGCGGCAAGUGUGUAUGUUGACGGAUGCGGCGCUGGGGGGAAUGACGGAUGGGGAGUUGCGGGCGCAUAUUGGGAGGCUGGAGGCGAUGCAAGGGACGGCGCAGGGGGUGUUGACAUAUUGGCAGAAGAGGACGGAUGAGAAGAUUGGGGAUCGGGAGGCGUUCGAGGGAGUUAUUGAGAAUCUGGUCAAGCAUGCGAAGAAAAUGAGGAAGUAA